AUGCUCUCGCCCGGGCGAGUCUUGAUGCGCAAGGCGCCUCGGCUCCGUGCGGGCUUAAUCACAACCACCCGCCACAGCUCGAGCAGUGCUACAACAUCGCAAACCACGCCGCAUGAGCCACAAGACCAUCCCGGUCUAUGGGAGACGGGCAAAAACAAGGAUGCAAAGGAUGCCGGGCCGUCUGCACCAGCGACGUCGCAGCCGCCAUGGCGUCUAAAAGAGCUUCGCCAGCAGCAAGGCCACCACAAGCAGGCGCUCAUCCGCCGCGCCGACCUCGCCACCGGUCCGCUGUCCUACGUCGUCCACGGCGACCGCAUCGCCGUGCGGUCGCAGGAGAGCGGCGCGUCGAUCACGCUCGACGCCGCGGCGCUGCGCGACGGCUGCCAGUGCGCGGCGUGCAAGGACCCGUCCUCGGGGCAAAAGUCGUUUGCGUCGAUUGAGAUUCCCAGCGCGCUGUCCAUCGCCAACGUGCGUGAAAAGGCCGAUGGUCUAGGUGUUGCCUUUGAGAAUGAGAUUCCGCGCUUCGUCUCGUCGUCGCAGCAGCACGAGACGACGGUGCCGUGGGAGAGCCUCGAGCUGGCGUUUGGCGCACGAUCACCCCUCGACAUGGCCGUCGUCCCGCCGGUAUUCAACUCGGUGCGCGCCCGCGCGGGCAUUGUGCUCUGGGACCGCGCCGCCAUUGCGCAGCGCGUGCGCACCAUCGACUACCACGCAUUCAUGUCCGACGACGGCGGCGGCGACGCUCGCUGGGCGGUGGUGCUGGACCUGGUCCGCCUCGGGCUCGUGUACCUGACCAACGUCCCGCGCGACGAGGCGUCGGUCGUGCGCAUCGCGACGCGCCUCGCCAGCAUCCGCGAGACGUUCUACGGGCGCACGUUUGACGUGCGCGCCAAGCCAAACGCCGAAAACGUCGCCUACACGUCGGGCUACCUCGGCCUGCACCAGGACCUGCUGUACCUCGACCCCCCGCCCAAGAUCCAGAUCCUGCACUGCCUCGACAACUCAUGCGCGGGCGGCGAGUCGCUCUUCAGCGACGGCGAGCGCGCGGGUCGGCUGCUCCUCAACCACGACGCCGCCGCCGCGCCGCUCCGCGCGCACCCCGUGCCGUACGCGUAUACGCGCAACGGGUACAGCUACGCGCAGCGCCGCCCGCUGCUGCACUACGACCGCGACGGCCGGUUCGAGAAUGUGUUUUGGUCGCCGCCGUUUCAGGGCGGGCGGCUCGCCGACGAGGCCCCGCUGAAGCCGUGGCUCGCGGGCGCGCGCGUGUUCGAGAGGCUCAUCAAUGCCGACGCGGCGGUGCACCAGAGGAAGAUGGCGCCGGGCGAGUGCGUUCUGUUUGACAACCUGCGCGUCAUGCACGGCCGCACGGCGUUUGAUGCAGGAGGAGGAGGCAGCAGAUGGCUGCGCGGCGCGUAUAUUGCGCAGGAGGACUUUGUGAGCAUCGCGACUCAGAUUCCGCGCGAGAUGCUGGCGGAGAGGGGGGGAGACGAGGGGGUGUGGUACGAGGGCCAUGAGGAGAAGCUGGCGGCGCACGGGGAGUGGGCGGCAGAGGUGCAGGAGCUGAUUACGAAAGAAACGUAA